CAUGGGGUGGUUGCACAUAGCGGUGAUGGAUGCACGGAUGGACUGUUAGGUGGGUGGGUGGACACAGAUCGUUAGGUGGCUGGGUGGGUAGAAAGGCAGUUGGGUAGAUGCAUGCAUGGAUAGAUGAGCAGACUGAUGGACAGAGUGAUGGGCAGAAGGUAGUGAGACCAGGUGGAUGGACGGACAGUUGGACAGAGAUGUAGCCCACAUCAUCUUUGGUUCCUGGACCUUCCUGUUGCCUCUUGUUUGCAGAGAUGAGUAAAACUGAAAGCAAACCAUUACAACAGGGUUAACCCUCCCUCAGCCCCCAGGGUUUACCCCUGACUAACCAAGGCAGGACCCAUGACACAACCCAAUUGAUGAUCACCACCACAUCAGCUGCCCUGGGGGAGGGCUGUGGAGCUAUUCCCAGGGAGGCCGGAAAAGGUCUCAAGGCUGAUUCAGAUCUCCACCAGCUUCAAGCAGCCAGGAUCUGUCUCGACCUGCACCAGGGAGCCCUCCCUCAGCAGCUUUGACAUGUUGCCAGCAUCAAGGUGAUGGCCCUGGGGCUGAGGAGAGUUGGGAGGGGGCCACCUCUCUUAACCUCUUCAUGCGGGGCUGGAAAGCUAUGCACAGCUCCAUCAUCCCCCACACACCUUCCCCCCGUGCCCAGAACUGCCUUAAAGGAGCCAAAAUCGGCGUCUCUCAUCCCACCCCUCCCCAAAGCCACUGCUCUGCUGCAAACCACAGCUCAACCCCCUUAAUUAGGGGCUCCAUGCCGAGCUGGCCCCGUGCAACGCCAGCAGCAGGGCAAGCUGGGACAGCAGCCAAGGUGGCCCAAGGAGGCCAGAGGUCACCCUUCUUCUCCGGCACCCCAACGCUCCCCUUCCCGCUGAACCCUUUCAGCUGACCCUGUGGCUCAACCUCUCCUUCAUGCCUCGAGUCCUUCCUCCUCCUCCUCAUCCAGGGAGAGGCAGGUGGGAGGGAGGAGGCCUGCUCCGCGCCUCCCCGGCGGCGAGCGCGGCGUGCCGGGGCAGAGCCGCGUGCGAGCAGGGAGCGCCAUGGCCGAGCGCCUGUCGGAGGAGCAGAUCGCGGAGUUCAAGGAGGCUUUCUCCCUCUUCGACCGGGACGGAGAUGGUUGCAUCACCACCAAGGAGCUGGGCACCGUCAUGCGCUCCCUGGGCCAAAACCCCACCGAGGCGGAGCUGCGGGGCAUGGUGGGGGAGCUGGACGCCGACGGCAGCGGCACCGUCGACUUCCCCGAGUUCCUCUCGCUGAUGGCGAGGAAGAUGAGGGACACGGACAGCGAGGAGGAGAUCCGCGAGGCCUUCCGCGUCUUCGACAAGGACGGCAACGGCUACAUCAGCGCGGCGGAGCUGCGGCACGUCAUGACCAACCUGGGCGAGAAGCUGACGGACGAGGAGGUGGACGAGAUGAUCAAAGAGGCCGACGGCGACAGCGACGGCCAGGUCAACUACGAGGAGUUCGUCAGGAUCAUGACGGAGAAGUGAGG